ACUCAUACCGUUAUAUAGUUAUAUAUAGCUGUUGUUUAUGUUAUGGUGAUAAGAGUGUGGUAAAAAAAUCAGAAUAAAUAAAAUGACAACUUGAACGGGUUUCGAAAAUUUUCUAUUAUUUUUUUCUCCUACACGACAUCACAAUUGGAAUUUUUUGCGUUAUUCCUCCACACAUUUUUUAUAUUUUAUAAUUUCCUAAUUUAAAACAUGAUUUUAAUUUUUUUGCAUUAUUUACAUUCUUUUAUUUGUUACAUUUUCCAUUACAUUUCUUAUCUUAAAUAAUUUAACAAAUUCUAAUUAACUCAAACUAUUUAUUACAUGGUUCAAGUUAAAUUUAAAAUGCUUAGGGAUUAAUUUAAGUAAUGGUUGGUAAAAGAUUUUCUGAGAAGUGUGAAAUAAUAACAUGGCUAUCAUUAUCAUAUAUUUUAAACCUGAUUUUGCUAAAUUUACAAUCAAUUGGUUUAAUGUAUUACAUGUACAUUUGCCAGCCGAAGUUUAUCUACAUGUUAAUUGUGGACGCGUUUUGCCUGUUUAAAUGGACAAUAAGCAUGUUACCAAAGCUUGUAGGCCAUAAAGGCUCUAACUGUUGGGUGUUAUAUUCUCGUAUAUUCACAAUCAAGGCCUUUAUAAUAUUUUUCUGGGUAUUACCUGUUAAACCACAUUCGAAAGGAGUUCUUUUAAAGUCACAAGGCGGUCGUUCUCUUGAGAUUAUGUUACUGCUAUUUAUCACGCCAACUGUGUAUACGAUUUUGGCAUUUAGUACUGGAAUUCAUCUUUACGGUGGAGUUAAUAUGGUUUCUUCAGAGCGUCUAAUACAUUCUGAUUUGAUUCUUCAUGUUAUUUUUGAUUAUUUGGACAUCAUCGAUAUUUUCCAUAAGUUUUCUAUUGAUUACAAUUCACUUAUUAACACGUUCAACUUUUAUAAAAUCUUCUGUUCAGUUUUCCUAGUCACUCCAAUCUUCCUGCAUAGUUACACAUUUCCACAUUUUUCUACUCCUAACACUGUUAAUACUGAUAACGCACUUGAUAUUAAUGUUGGGAAUGCGAAUAAUAGUGGAAGAUUGAUGAAAAGAGAUGAGGUAUACUUUUGUAGAAAGUUUGCGGGAAUUGUUGGCAUUUUUUUUGUAGAUUUACCAUUUCUUUUUAUAAGAAUUUAUACAUGGCAAUCAACUGUACAUUAUUCAGCUUUUGCACCGUUUAUGUUGAAGAAUUUAUGUUUUAUCCUGUUGCAAAUUUCUAGAAUAAGACACACUUCAUCGAAAGUUGACUUGUUUCAAACCUCAAAUAAACAUAAAAUUACUCCACACAUUGAUUCAACCAAUACCAGUAGAAAAAUAAAUGAGAUAAAGUUGCUGAAGAUGAAUGAAAUCUUAUUGAAGAUAUUAUUGAUGAUAAAUGUGGAUUUGAAGUGUGAAUUGGCUCAUUAUCUUGACAGUACUUUGAACUUAUCCAAUUGGAUUAAUAUUCUUCUCUCACUACCACAUUUCAUCUUUUCACUUUCCAAGUUCAUUCUUAUCAUUAUUCUACUUAAAAUGUUACAAAAGGAGUAUUUGAUACAUGGUAUGGAGUUGUUGGAUUACACCAAUUUGGACCGCAUAUUUAUAUUGGCUGAUUAUCGCAUUUUCCUGUUUUGUUUUCAUUUGACAAUAUUAGUUUCUUUGUUGAUUCUAUUCAUUUGGUCAGUUCUCGGGCAAUUUGUUGAUGCACUUUUUGUCUCUAUUCUCACCUUCACAAAGCUUACAGCAUUCGUAUUCUCACUCAUUGUAAUGUGCAACUAUGUCGACUCAUUUAGUUCAUUGGAGUUUAUCUCAUCAAAAUGGCCUGGGAAAUCUAUUCACUAUAUUUUUAUAUUUUUCUCUUUUAAACCGUUUAUGAAUUUGUUGAUAAAUUUGUACCCAUUUUUAUGCGUGUUUUUGGGCAAAAGGAAGGUUUACUAUACUAACCCAUCAACUUUCAAACAUAAAAAGAGCAAAUUACACCAAAAUUUACUUUUCAAAAAUCUACAAAAUGUUAAUAAAGACUUGAUGAGCAGUGAUGAGAUUUGUGACGUGAAUUUAACAUCAUUUGUCUUAUUGACAAACUCUAAGGAGAUGUGCUGUACGUGUUCUAGUUACACUAUGAUGAUAGGUCCUAACCUGAUCAAGUCUUACCGUCUGCACAAUUCACUCUUUCAUAUACACAAAAACAAACUGAUUAACACUCUGAUUCUAAGACUGUUCUGUUUGGUUUUAACUAUCAUGAGAGGAGGCCAUUUUGGACUACUUUUGACUAUAUUUUCUAUUGAAGCAGUGUUAUCAUUAGUUUACUGGAUCUACAGUUGUUUAAUUAGGAACUUGUCACUUGAAUCGCUUGAAGUGCAGAUGUUGGCAUCCAACAUUUUCAAACAGAGGAGUCUGAACGAGUUUGGAAAUUCAAUCACAGAAGUCAAUAAGAAAGUUUAUAAAAAGUACAAAAAACACCAAACCAUGUUUAAACACACCUUUUACUCUUUUUUAUAAUGGAUUACUAUUAAUUGAGUUUAACUUGGUGUCAAUUUAUUCUUAAUUCA